UCAGCCAUGGAGAGAUUAAAGAACUGUUUGCUCAAAAAACCCUCCAAGAAUGACUUGGACGAUGGGCUGGAAACGGCGACUGAGUACACCGAACGCUGGACGUCGGUGCGCAUCAUAUACUAUACGAUGUUUCUAAUGUCAUUAGGAUUCAGCAUAAUACUUACGGGAGUGUGGCCAUAUUUAGACAAGCUAGAUCCUCACGCCGGCAAGGAGUUCUUGGGAUGGAUCGUAGGUGCGAACCCUGUCGGACAAAUGAUAUUCAGCCCGCUUGUUGGAUGGUGGGGCAAUCGGUUAGGAUCGAUCCGUCUGCCACUGCUCUGCUCGCUAGCGCUGUUUUCCAUCGCCAGUGGCAUCUACGCGUGUCUCGAGCUGUUUCCUACGCAUCAAAAAUAUUGGAUGCUAUAUUCGCGAUUCCUCAUUGGCGUUAGCUCGUCUAGUGUGGCUGUCUGUCGUUCGUACCUUUCGGCGGCCACCAAGGUAAAGGAGCGGACCAGCGCGGUAUCGAUGGUAUCGCUCGCACAAACGCUUGGAUUUAUCGUUGGACCAGUGCUGCAAGGAGCCGUUACGAUGUUUGGCGAAGAUGGACUGCCGCUGAUCAAAAACAAAUUACACCUCAAUAUGUACACCGCCACUGGAUGGAUUAACGUCUUUAUGGGCAUCUUGAACUUUUGCCUGUUCCUACCGUUCGUGUUCAAAGAAAAGCGAAUCGCUGCCCGCGAAGCCAUGAUGCAGCAGGGCUUGCAGUCGGAGAAGGAAACGUGGAAAUCGAUGAAACCUGAUUAUUUAUCUGCCUGGACCUUAAUAUGUGCAUUUUUCAUUCUGGUCUUCAACUUCGUGUUUCUCGAAACACUGGCCACGCCGCUCACGAUGGAUAUGUUCGCCUGGACGAAAGGCGAAGCGUUGUACUAUAUGGCUUGGAUUAUGGCUGUUGGGGCGAUAUUGGCGAGUGCCGUAUUUCUCAUGAUUGAUCCAUUAUGCAAGAGGAUUCCAGAGCAGCAGGUUCUCAUAUGGGGUGGAUUUUUCCUCAUGGUGUUAGGGCGCGCCGUCUACAUCCCGAUGAGCGAUAGUCCACCAAAGUUAGCGCUAGCGGAAAAUGGAACCAUAACAGCGAUGCGAAUGGAGGACAGCGCGUCGGCGUAUGUGUACGGGUCCAAUUUUACCGACGUACGUUCGAACUUGACCAGAGUGGACUUUGACUACAGUGGACCUAUCACCACAAUGGAUCCGAAUGCAACGGAUGGCGCGAAGGAUUUGUUAGGCUGUCCUCCAACCCAGGAAUGGUGCAAAACAACCAAAGGGAUGACCAUUAGUCAGUUUCUCAUAGGUUACGCUUUCACCGCUAUCGGAUAUCCAAUAGGGGUUACGCUGAUUACCACAAUCUUUUCCAAAGUUCUUGGACCGCGGCCUCAAGGUACCUGGAUGGGCAUAAUGACCGGAUCGGGCUGCCUGUCACGAGCGUUAGGUCCUGUAUUUCUGUCGACCAUCUACACCAAGUAUGGUCUGUACUGGACGUUUGGCAGUACGGCGGUCAUGAUGGCGAUUACCAUGCUGUGGUUGUGGCAAAUGAGGCAACGAUUAGUUCCCAUCCCGUACGACGUAAGUUGUAAGGGAGAAGAGCUGGUGGCGGUGAUCGCGAAGCAGGAGCAAGCAGGAGAACAAAAAAAGACAACCGAAGAUGCUGCUGAUCAGCAGCUUAAUGGAAAUCCCAAAGCAACUGGAGACAGCUGAUCUUACUAGCGUAACAACCAAUUUGCAAGCAACUAUUAGCUCAAUUUAUCUAUAUUCGAGUGUUAAAGGCAGUGGUGUUUUGAUGUGAUAUUUUUUUUUUCCUCGUCGGUAAGCGAAAAGUGUAAGCAGAAUGCAGGUUGCUGAACGACGCAACAGUGAAUGAAGCAAAUUUGCAUAAACAAAAAAAAGGAAACGGAUCUCAUCAAUUUCUUAUCAGUCAGAUUGUGAUUCGUCAUUCCGAAAUAUUUCGCCCAGUCCAUUGCCGCUAUUGAUUGCUACCGAGUAUCAGUGCCGGCGACGUGUGUGCAAUAAUCCGGUCUAACUGAUAAGUUGUAACAGCGAGGUAGUAAACUGAAGGGCAAACAUGACCAAAACAAGCAUAGGGGGUAGAUUUAGCGGGCACUGCAAUUGCCAUACUGAUGAGACUUCUAGCGCUUCUAAGCAAAACUGGUUCUUGGCUUAGUGUCGAUUAAACGUAGCGCGCGUACGCAUGUGCGAUUUCUCCGCGCGGGCGCCCGGAUCGUAAGAAUGGCGAUGUUUGAUUUAUCGUUUUGGCGUGGGGAGUGAAUCCAAUUACAUUUUGCGCGCCUUUAGAUCAUGCGUUAGUGAGUGCUUUCUCCUGCCUUGAUUACAAAAUA